ACUACCCCAAAAUGUCUACCACUGCUUUUUGUAGACCCGAUGGCACAUCUUCCCUCCCUUGCAAGGAGACUGCCACGAACGGAUCCGCAUUUCUUCCUACCCCUCUCCAUGCUCCACCCUAUCACUCGCUCACCCUGUCCUUCUCCGGCUACGACUAUAUUACAGCCAUUCCUUCGUUACCUCUUUCGCGCAUUUCAUCAAACACGUCAUUUACCCUCUCCACAGACCCGCCGUUUCUCAACCUUCCAACCCUUUUCAGCUCAAAAUUACCACUAUCCAUUUGACUUUGACAAUUACAAAUUCAAAGUCACCCACGGCACGCACGACCCGGGUCUUCCCCGAUUCCUUGAGAUGCUCAGAGGAGUCUCCCAGUGUCCCUCAGAAGCGAAGGCCAUCGAGUCUCUUGACGAGUCAGGCAUCGAAGCAAAUCGAGAAAUUGUUUGCUCUGCGAUUUGGGAAUCGAGGGAAGAGUGGAGACUGGCAUUUUUGGCUUUCAAAUGGGGUGAGAAAUGGGGCUGCACUGAUGAAAAAGCUUGCUAUUUGAUGAUAUGGGUUUUGGGCAAUCAUAGAAAGUUUAAUAUUGCUUGGUGUUUGAUUCGGGACAUGCACACGCACCGUUCUAAAAUGGACACUCGUCGGGCAAUGCUUAUUAUGAUUGAUAGAUAUGCAUCUGCAAAUGAUCCAUGCAAGGCCAUUCGGACAUUCCACGUAAUGGAGACGUUCAGAUUGACCCCUGAUCAGGAAGCAUUCCACACUGUUCUGAAGGCACUCUGUAAAUAUGGAAACAUUGAGGAGGCUGAAGAAUUUAUGUUUGUAAACAAGAAGUUAUUCCCACUGGAGACUGAGGGCUUUAACAUUAUUCUCAAUGCAUGGUGUAACGUGUCUCUAGAUGUAUUUGAAGCAAAGAGAGUUUGGAGAGAAAUGUCUAAAUGCUGUAUUACACCAGAUGCAACUUCAUAUACCCUCAUGAUUUCCUGUUUCUCAAAGGUUGGGAAUCUCUUUGAUUCACUUAGACUCUAUGAUGAAAUGAAGAAACGAAGUUGGAUCAUAAGCCUUGAGGUUUACAAUUCAUUAAUAUACGUACUAACUCAUGAGAAUUGCUUUGAGGAAGCUCUCAAAAUCCUGGACAAAAUGAAAGGUUUAGGUUUGCAACCGGAUUCUACCACUUACAACUCAAUGAUACACCCUCUGUGUGAAGCAAAAAGGUUUGAGGAGGCAAGAAAUAUACUGACCACUAUGAUGCAGGAGAAUCUCAGUCCAACCAUGGAGACUUACCAUGCAUUUCUUAGGAGUGCAGGUUUUGAGGGAACAUUGGAAGUUCUUAACCGAAUGAAGAAAGCUGGUUUAGGUCCUACUGGGGAUACCUUUCUAAUAAUUAUUGGCAAGUUCUUCAAAUUGGGGCAACCUGACCAUGCAUUGAAGGUAUUUAUGGAAAUGAAACAGUAUGAAAUAGUGCCCAAUUCCUUGCAUUACUCGGUGCUGGUACAAGGGCUGGCAACGUGUGGGUGGUUGAUCAAGGCCAGGGAGUUCUAUGCCGAGAUGAGAUCAAAUGGAUUUUUAGAAGACCCAAAGCUUAAGAAGCUCUUGAAGGAACCAGUCCGAUGCAGUGUACAUGAAGGGAAGCGACAGGUCCAACGGGUUAAUAGAGAUGAGAGGGCGAAUCAUAGGAAAGGCAGAAGUAUGAGAUGGACAAAUCAUACCCACCAAUCGAGAAAGAAGAAGAAAUCAAUCGAAAAGUCCAAUUUGGAACUUUGACUGGACAUAAAAAGAAUGACGAGUUAUCUGUGCCAUUUAGUAUGAUAAAUGAGGUGCUUUUGCUGGUUGUAAAUAUUGAAAGAAUGACUGAAGAACCUUCUGCUUCAAGAGGUUUGCUUGGGGAGGAGUCUUAUGAGGCCAUCUGGUUCUCACUUCUCAAUAACCUACCAAUUGAUUUGGCAUGCCCAGAGAAAAGCAGCUUUGUCAUUUUUCUCUUUACAAGAAAAUUUUCUUCCCCAGUGUUCAAACAUCUGAGAGUCAACGCUUUCAAAUUGUUGCCAUAUACUUCUGGUAUGUUUUUUUUUUUCCCUUUAAUUUAUUCUUUUUAUCAUUGUGGUUCAUGAGGCUCUGAUGACUGGGGAGCUAAAACAUCUGGCAGUUGGUUCAGUAACAUGAUUUUCCAAUUCAUAGGGUUUACAAUACUGAGAUUUUUUUUUUUCUGAAGAAACAUGAUUUUCCAAUUCAUAAGCCUCUUGUUUUCUCUGAUUGGACUGGAGAUCUGUUUUCGGGAGCUGAUGAUUAGGUUCAUUGCC